AUGAGUCAACACUUCUUCCAACCUAGGAGUUUAAAGCGAAAGAAUUUCAAGAAGUUAACACUGGAGUCCAGCAGUCAUGAAUCUAGGGAUGAAGGAACUGAUGUUUUUGAGGGUGAGCCUGCGAGACAAGAAAGACAGGAGCCAGUGCCUAUAGGCAGACAUGAGAGGGAUGAUGGGAUGAUUCGUGGGAUGGUUCUUUCUCCCCAAGGUCUCACAACUCCUUCAAGUAAGGAUAAGAGCAGAAGUGGGCAUCCCAAUAGUCGGCAGACCUCAAUUGGACGUUCUUCGUCGCUGUCGUCGUCUGCAGACGAAGGCGGUGGAAAUACGCAUAAGGCGAGUAGGACAUUGUCUUCGCAGUCCUCCUCGUCCUCAAAUGAUAAUGGGCGAUCGAAUGGGAAGCUUACGUUGCAUAUGAAGCGUCUUAAGAAGCCGUUGAAUUUGAAGAUUGAACCACAAGGAGUGAAGUCGAGGGUGGUUAUUGCACAGCCGAGUCCUACUAAUUCGGAAAAUUCGUCGAAUAGCAUUAGUCCUAUUACACCUGAGAACGUUAUGAAUAACACACGUGGACAUCAUAGUUUAUCAAAGAAGUUUUCAAGGUUAUCUAUCUUUCACGAUGAUAACAACGAUAUACAACUUGAAGAUCUGGUUCAGUUGGGCAAGAUUGGUGCUGGAAAUUCGGGUACAGUUGUAAAGACGUUACAUGUACCGGAUUCACGAAUCAUUGCUAAAAAGUCAAUUCCUGUAGAGAACAGCGAGUUGGUCAGGAACCAGUUGAUGAGAGAACUUACUAUUAUGAAGAAUGUGAAGGAUCACAUAAAUAUUGUUGGAUUUUUUGGCGCAUAUUACACUACAAUAACAAACCAUGAGAUUAUUAUUCUUAUGGAGUACAUGGACUGUGGAUCUCUUGACAAGAUCUCCGGUACUUAUAGGCGUUCUUGCACUAGAAAUGAUGAGCCAAUUAAUUCUUCAACUUCGUGGUUCACUGAGCUUUCCUUGUCAAAAAUUUCAUAUGCAGUAUUAAAUGGACUAUCUUAUUUAUAUCAUGAGUAUAAGAUCAUUCAUCGAGAUAUUAAACCCUCUAACAUACUGAUCAACUCCAAAGGUUAUGUCAAAAUAUGUGACUUUGGAGUUUCCAAGAAAAUGAUUGACUCUAUUGCCGACACCUUUGUUGGCACAUCUACUUACAUGUCUCCAGAGCGCAUUCAGGGCAGUUGCUACUCGACUAAGGGUGACGUGUGGUCCCUUGGUCUCAUGAUAAUAGAGUUGGUGACUGGCGAAUUCCCUCUAGGAGGUCAUAAUGACACACCCGAAGGCAUUCUAGAUCUAUUGCAAAGGAUAGUUAACGAGGGUCCACCACGUCUCCCCUAUAAGGGUGACUUUUCUUCGGAACUAGUCGAUUUUGUCAAUAGCUGCUGUGUUAAAGAUGAACGUAAACGGUCAUCUCUGCAGGAACUCAUGUCCCACACUUAUAUAACCAAGUACAACAACAACGACGAUUAUCAAAGGACAUUUAGACACUGGUGUAAAAAGAUCAAAAAAAGGGUUAAAGAAGACAAGAUGAUUCAGCGUGAAAAGAUUGAAAGGGCAAAGUUGGUAAAUAGACAAUUAGAGAGGUCUGCACAAGCUGCUACUGCAGCCAGAGGUGGGAGGUAA